GGAGCGUCUUGCAUACCCCGUAGGGAAGGAGGCUCACAGUUCCCCUGUGGUCCGAGAUCAAAUCAGCCGGUAGCACCCGGACAAUUUACCCCCAUUCGUACCUUUUCAAAGCUCCCGAACAUUCUCGAAAGUUGUCAUUACACCUUCGGUACGAGAUAUGUGCGACGAGAUGGUCGCAUGGCCAAAUGGUGUAGGGGAUACGCCUCAGAUCGUGUUAUGUCAAAAAAUAAAGUACGUGGGCGGGUAGGUGCAUGAGAAGAGUGGCCAACGAAUUCCCAAAUUGGAAAUAUUGAGGCGGAAUAUGCACCCAGGUGGACCGCAAACAGAGUGAAAGAGAAGAAGAAAGGACUACCUUGAACAUCGGCUAUUAUAUCUUGACUGUCUAUUGGAUGUCUUGCCGCGUUUUCAGAGACAUAUGAUGGUGGCUCAUACGAGUUUGGUGGAUGUAGUGUAUAGAGAAUGCGGUUGGGUGAAAUUUGUCAGAACUAAGUGGUAUUCAUCCCGGAGUUUAGUUGGAUUCCUGAGUGAGUAAGUACUCCACAACUGAUACUUACGAACUCGUAUACAUUGCAAACUCGUAGUCAAGAAGCGUUGAUUAGGCCUCUUAGACCGGUAGCAACCGUACUCUCUUCCCUGCGGGGGUGUAAGCCGCUCCGCUGGCACUCCGUGGGCCACUAGCCGUGGAGGCCUUGUUCCUCUGACGAGGAAACUCAAGGGGUCUUUGCAACAGUCUCCUCGAAGAGGAGCUAGGCACCACGCUAGUGGCUCUCCCCGAGCAGGGGCCAGCGGAGCGGCUUUCUACCCUCGCAGAGAAUGGUGUGGGGCGAUACCCUGCGGGGCUAGUGAGCGAGUAUUAAUACAAGAUCAUAUCCAUCUGACCAUAAAAUAUUCCUCAUCAUCUCUCCAUUGACCCAAUUCCCCAUCAUGGUUACAUUAUUUUCUCUCAAGCAACUUCUGAUUGUAUUGUACGGAACUUUGGUUUCAGCAGCAUCUCUUCAGAGCCGCAACGACGAGCCACAGGGACCGUUACUUGCCCCUUCAUUAAGGCUCGACUUGGCAAACUCCUCUGUGGUUGAUUUGAGUGAUAUUCGAGCAGUAUUUGUGCCCAAUCCAAACUAUCAAGGUCCUUCUAACCCUUUGCUCAGAACAGAUGUUCGUGCAUGCUUGAAGAAUUUCGAAACGGGGAACGACUUUCGUAGUCUUGCAGAUGCAACCCCGCCAUGGCUUGAUGGCUUAAGACUGAUUUCCUACAGCAUCAAGGACCAAUCCAACUACAACUACUGCGGGCGGGUGGGCCACAAACUCGGUAGAUUGAACUAUAGGUAUCAUGCCAGUGGUGCAUGUGGCACCACUGCACUCCAAUCAACAAUCCAAGGGGCCCUAGACAAGGCAUUCAAGCAAAUUAUCCUGAAGGGAUACAAUAGCUUUUACUGUAUUGAAUUAACUCAUGGAGGUGCCUGGCACGGGUAUUUAUUGGUUGGUCCUCAAGCUGGAUUCCCCGAGAACUAUCAAUGUGGGGCUAACAACGCGGGCCAAUGUGUUAGCGGUGGGAACAAUGAUGUAGUUUAACCAAGGCCCACAUUUGACAGGAGCUCAUCUCUCAGCGGCCCAUCCUUUGUAUAUAAAGUCUAUAGCACUGCCCAAAUUAUAACCAAGUCACUCCUCCAGCUCUUGAAAUAG